UCCCCGGGGGUGUGUCCGUCAUGAAGUUUCGCGCCAAGAUCGUGGACGCGGCCUGUCUGAACCACUUCACGCGCGUCAGCUGCAUGGUGGCCAAGCUGGCCCGGGCCUGCACCCUGCGCAUCCGCCCGCACAAGCUCAACUUCAUCCUGCCCGACACGGCGGCGGGCGGCGGGGUCAGCAUGUGGUGCGAGCUGCCGCAGGAGAACUUCUUCAGCGAGUUCCAGAUGGAGGGCGUCUCCCAGGAGAACAACGAGAUCUACGUGGAGCUCACGACGGAGAAUCUCUCUCGAGCCUUGAGAACGGCGCAGAACGCCAGAGCCCUGAAAGUCAAGCUGACCAACAGGCACUUCCCCUGCCUGACCGUCUCCAUCGAGCUGGUGUCUGUGUCCAGCAGUAGCCGCAUGGUGACCCACGACAUCCCCAUCAAGGUCAUCCCCAGGAAGCUGUGGAAGAACCUGCAAGAACCCACAGUCCCAGACUGUGACGUGAGUAUUUAUUUGCCCGUGUUGAAGACUAUGAAGAGCGUUGUGGAAAAAAUGAAAAAUAUCAGCAAUCACCUCAUCAUCGAAGCAAACCUAAACGGAGACUUGAACUUGAAAAUAGAAUCUGAACUAGUGUGUGUCACAACUCAUUUCAAAGAUCUUGGAAAUCCCCCAUCAGCCUCUGAAGGUGUGUCCCAGGACAGGAGCCCGGCAGAGAUGGCGGAGGUGCACGUAGACAUCCGGAAGUUCCUGCAGUUUCUUGCUGGACAGCAAGUGAACCCCACCAAGGGUGUCUGCAAUGUGGUGAGUCACAAGAUGGUUCACUUCGAUUUGCUGCACGAGGACGUGUCCCUGCAGUACUUCAUCCCAGCCUUGUCGUAGCGCCGCAGAUCGCGGAGGAGCCCAGGUGCUAACAGGAGGAAGCGGCUGCCCCACUGCCCCAGGAGCAGUCAUUUAAAGGCUCUC